AUGCUGUUCGCACUCGUCUUCGUGUGCACGCGAAUCUCGCAGAUUGUCACACUGAUCCCCACCAUGGGCAUGCUGGCCUGGUUCAUCAACAUCUUCGUCAGCCACAACGCCCUGACGCCCGAUUCGAUCCUCCUGCUCUUCAUCCUGUCCGUGCUUGCGCUCGCCUGGGCCGUCUUCACCCUGUUCAGCUACCACCGCUCGUCGGCCAAUGCGCGCUUCGUCGCCCUCGUGGACCUCGCCUUUGUGGGCGCCCUCAUCGCCGCCGUCUACGAGCUGCGCGGCAUCGCCGACGCCGACUGCUCCAGCCCGGACUACAGCUCGGUGUGGUACGCGCCCGCCCACGUCCCCGUCCCCAACUGGGGGUGGCAGACCGACAAGCCCUGCUCCAUGCUCAAGGCCAGCUGGGCCUUUGCCAUUAUGAACAUCAUCUUCUUCGCCACCACGGCACUCGCCGCCUUCAACCACGGGGGGGAGCUAACCUACUACGGGGACCGUCGCGUCGUCGUCGAGCGCCGCCAUCACUCCAGCCGCCACAGCCACAGGCACAGCCGGUCUGGUUCGCGCCACAGCCACAGCCACAGCCAUCGGAGCCCUCACUCGCAUCGGCGCGUCUACGUCUGA